AUGAGAUCUUUGCCUGAUGACCAACAAAGCAGUUCACUGUUGGAAAAAGAGAAUCACAUCAAUGUUGAUAUUCUUGCAACAAAUGACACUGAAAGAAAGGAAAUCAGAGCUAAGGAUGACUCACAAGUUCUCCUAGAAGAGGCAAAGAGGGUGCGCAAUUCCUGGGUACCCGCUUGUCUGUGGCAGCCUCGAAUUCUCCAGGGCAGGCUGGCCAAGUCUUCCCCCGCUCUCUGGGACAGCACUCUCCAGGAGCAGAAGGGAGAAUUGCGGAAGCGUCUCUCCUACACCACCCACAAGCUGGAGAAACUUGAAACUGAGUUUGAUUCCACCCGGCACUACUUGGAAAUAGAACUGCGGCGGGCUCAGGAGGAGCUGGAGAAAGUCACUGAGAAACUGAGAAGAAUACAAAACAACUACUUAGCCUUACAGAGGAUUAACCAGGAGCUGGAAGACAAAUUAUAUCGAAUGGGUCAACACUAUGAAGAGGAGAAAAGGGCUCUGAGCCAUGAGAUUGUAGCCCUCAACAACCACCUCCUAGAAGCCAAGGUGACAAUAGAUAAGUUGUCAGAGGACAAUGAACUCUAUAGGAAGGACUGCAAUCUAGCUGCUCAGCUGCUUCAGUGCAGCAAGACCUACGACAGGUCCCACACAGUGUCAGAGCUGCCUUCUGAUUUUCAGGAGCGGGUCAGCCUCCAUAUGGAAAAACACGGCUGCGGCCUCCCGGCCCCCCUCUGCCACCCAUCCUUUGCCGACACCAUCCCCACGUGCGUCAUUUCUCAGGUUCUAGAGAAGCCUGAACCCAGCAGCCUGUCCUCCCAUCUGUCCAACGCCUCAGCCAGGGACCUGGCCUUCCGGGAGGCGGCCGAGAAAGCCGGCCCUCGGACCCACUUCAAGUCAGACAUCUACUGCAGCGACACGGCACUGUACUGCCCGGAGGAGCGCCGGAGGGACCGUCGGCCCAGCGUGGACAUGCAGGUGAAGGACGUGGGCUUUCUCCGGUCCCAGCACUCCACGGACAGCACGGCCGAAGAAGACGGCUUCCACUCGAGCUUCUCCCACGAGGCCUUCCCCGAGUACGUGGCCUCCCUGCCCACGUCGAGCUCUUAUUCCAGCUUCAGCGUAACCUCAGAGGAGAAGGAGCACGCCCAGGCCAGCACGCUGACCGCGUCUCAACAGGCCAUCUAUCUGAACAGCCGGGACGAGAUCUUCAACCGCCAGGCGGCCGCGGCCUACGAGCGGCCCUGCAGCCCGUGCUUUGCCACGGUCCAGCCCCAGCAGCACGUGGAGCUGGGCCCGGAGGGCCAGGCUACGCCCCCCUUUGUCAGGACGCUGUCCCCCUACGCCGGGGACCCCUUCCGCUUCCCUGCCACCCUGGAGGCCCAGCAAGCCCUGGUGGCCCAGAAGCUCCGGAGCGAGAGCCGCGGCGCCCACCGCUCGGACGACGAGCUGCCGGGUCGGUGGCGGUCUCUGACUGUCGAGGACAUCGGUGCCUACUCCUAUCCCGAGGCUGGCCGCAUCUCCCCCCACAGCUUCCCCGAGCAGUACUUUACCGGCAGCCCUGGCAAGAAGGCAGACAGUCGGGCCAGCCCCAUCUACCCGAGCUAUAAGGCGGACAGUUUCUCAGAGGGAGAUGACCUCUCCCAGGGCCAGCUGGUGGACUCCUGCUUCCUGCCCGAGGACAGCAACCUGAAUCUGAACAUAAGCCCUGGCCGCCCGCCGGACCAACUGCCCGCCUACGCGCCCAGUGAGGCUGGCAGCGAGAGGCUCACGGUUCAGAUGUGUGGGGAUGGCAGGGUGAGCCCUGGCCCCGAGGGAAGCCCCAGGCUGGCUGGCACCUAUGCCAAUGUAAGCCCCGCAAGCUCAGCGGGUUCCCUUGAGCCAAGUUCCAUGGAAGCAUCCCCAGAAAUCCACCUUUCUUCCAAGGAGCCCGGCCUCCACCCAUCCCUCCACAGCAAACAGCAGCAGUUUCAACGGACUCCGAGUACCGGCCUGAGCCGGAAGGACAGUCUGACCAAAGCACAGUUCUACGGGACCCUCCUCAACUAA